AUGGACUGGAGGAUUACAUAUGACACAUGCGAGGAGGCUAAAUUGAACCUCAGUUCACUUGCAUACUAUGCAUGUGUUAGUGACAAGAGCGAAUGUGUCAACACCAUCAACGGGCCAGGCUACCGCUGCAAGUGCCGGGAUGGGUAUCAAGGCAAUCCCUACAUCAGCGAUGGAUGCACAGGUUCAAGUGUUGGACCAGUGGUCCUAGUCGUUACCAUAACCUGUGCAUACUUGAUCCAACAAAGAAGAAAGCUACAGCACAUCAAGCAGAGAUACUUCCAACAGCAUGGAGGUAUGCUGUUGUUUGAGGAGAUAAAAUCACAACAAGGUAGUAGCAUUGCUUUCAAAAUAUUCUCAGAAGCAGAAUUGCAAGAAGCCACCGACAAGUUCGACGAGAAACGAGUGCUGGGUCAGGGAGGACAUGGAACUGUGUACAAGGGGAUUCUCAAAGGCAACGUGGAAGUGGCUGUAAAAAGAUGUAUGUCCAUUGACGAGCAGAACAAGAAAGAAUUCGGCAAGGAAAUGCUAAUCCUCUCUCAAAUCAACCACAGGAACAUCGUUAAGCUACUCGGUUGCUGCCUCGAAGUGCAGGUCCCGAUGCUGGUAUAUGAGAUCAUCCCGAAUGGCACACUGUUCCAACUCAUCCAUGGCAACCAUGGCAGGCAGAUUUCCUUGGCAACUCGCAUACAGAUCGCCCAUCAGUCCGCUGAGGCGCUUGCCUACCUGCACUCAUGGGCAUCCCCACCGAUCCUCCAUGGAGAUGUCAAGUCUUCCAACAUCCUCAUCGAUAGCGACUAUACAGCAAAAGUAUCGGACUUUGGCGCUUCCAUCCUAGCGCCAACUGAUGAGUCGCAGUUCGUCACACUUGUUCAAGGAACUUGUGGGUACCUUGACCCGGAGUACAUGCAGACGUGCCAUUUGACAGACAAGAGUGAUGUGUAUAGCUUUGGGGUUGUUCUCCAGGAGCUUCUCACACGCAAAAAGCCCUUCAAUCUUGAUGCACCUGAAGAUGAGAAGAGCCUAGCAUUGAGGUUUAUUUAUGUGACAAAGCAGGGCAGGCUGGAGGAGAUACUGGAUGAUCAACUCAAGAAUGACGAAAGCAUGGAGUUUCUGGAAGAGAUUGCAGAGUUAGCAAAGCAGUGCUUGGAGAUAUCUGGCAUCAAUAGGCCGUCGAUGAGGGAAGUUUCUUGA